AUGGCUCAAACAAAACUUCAUUCAUCGCCGUUCUCGGCCAGAAAUAGUCCACGCAACAGAAGGCUUGACGAGAGCCCGUCAAGGCAAUUACAGUUCGAAUUAGACCGGGCCUUCAGCCAAAUCCAAUUGCAGGAAUGUGAGCGGCAGAAAGUCUACGCCUAUCAACGGCGUCAGCAACAAGAGGAGCUGGAUGCCAAAGAACUUGCUCAGGCAGAGGCACAUCGCACAGAGCUGAGCCUGGCAAAUGCCCAACAUGAAGUGGUGCGAUUACAAGCCGAAGCCGUACUCCAGGCGUAUCUGAAGAAAGAAGAGGAGGAUAGAAGACGUCGUGAAGAGGAGCGUAAGCGGCAAGAAGAGGAAGAGAGAAAACGUCGGGAGGAAGAAGAAGCUCGAAUACGUGCAGAGCAGGAACGUAGAGAACGUGAAGAGAGGGAGCGUAAGGAGCGAGAAGAACGAGCCAAAGCUGAAGCCCAGCGUCAGGCCCUAUACGAAAAACAGAAGGCCGAAGCCGAGGAGAAACGGCGACAAGAGAAAGAAGCAGAAGAGCGCAAGCAGCAGGAAGAAAAGCUCAAGGCUCAUCAAGAAGCAGCAUUAAGGCAACAAGAGGCUGAAAAGGCUGCCGCUGCUGCUGCUGCUGCUUCUGCCGCCGCAACCGCCGCCGCCUCUAAAACUCAACUCACCGCAGCAACAACACCUCAAAUUCCUCCAGGCAAAGCCUCCCCAAAUAUAGAAGCGAUACAUCAAAACUAUCUGGGAAUCCACAAGAAGCUCAAAGUGUUCCGGAAACAAUUCACAGAGAACGUCAAGAAAGACCCGAAUUUGAAACCGCACGUCGGAGACAUGAGAAGAGCGAUGAGAACGAGUGUCGGACAACUCACAGAAGACAAGGUCGGCAACAGGAAAGCUCAUGAUCGUGUUCGAACUACAUUACAAAAAGCCCUCAAGGAGCUGCCCUCGCCGAUGGUUCCGGUCAAUGACUUCCUACCUUCUCACCUCUCCCUCAACGACGAUGGUGCCACGACGGUUCCAUCGUUAGUGGUUUACCUGCUUUCAAUCUUCAGCAAAGCCAUCAUCAACGCCUUUGUCGGAGAAUGUGCUGUGAACCCGAAAGCGGCGGAACCUAUCGGUACGCUGGUAGCGCAAAUAUUCUCCAUGGCAGAGUUGCAAUUCCCAAGAAAGUUACCAACAACCAGUGGCACAUCAAACCUAUCACCGACCGAGUCUCUCAUAUCGAUCCUGAUGUGCAAGUUCCAUGCCUCCGCUCCAAUCCUGUUCGGUAUCUACGGGUCGGAAACCACGAACGCUGGGAAGCUGCGCCUGGGUUGGCGCCUGGAAAGUGUGUCGGACGAUAAGAAAGCUUUCGUUACCGAAAACAAGCAUUAUGAUCGUCAGACCGGUCUCGGGGUCGGGUAUGCCUCGAUAGCGCUGCGGAAUUUCUCACGAGCUAAGAUGUCCAACCCCUGGCCACCAACGCACUUUUGGUCCAGCCUCGCACUCAUUGUCAACACGCCGCCCUCAGAAGUUCAGAUUAGUCACCUGACCCUUUUGAAGAACAUGCUGGAGAACAAUGCGGUCGAGCGGUUUGUCCUCUUCUUUGGAGCCGCAGCGGUGGCGGCAUUGCGUCAAGCGGCCGUCGAAUUUCCUCGGAAAUGGUCUAGGGAAUUGCAAGAGAAACCAAUCGCAAAAGCGAUGGCGUUGAUGGUUGAAUCGUGGGCAACAGAGAAGCAUUUUAGGCUAGACUGA